AGUAGUCACACUUCCUCCAAAAAGGAGGUUACAUGUCCAAAUUUCUUCUACACUAAUUUUCAAAAAAUAAAAAUAAAAAAUGAAAGAAUGAGGCUACAUUUCACCAUUUAUCAAAUUUUUAAUUUUUUUAAAAAAAAUUUUGGUUUGUUUGAUCUGUUUCUCUUCACUUUUACAGAUACAAUAUUUGUGAGGGUUUGUGAAUCAAGGAUGGACCUCUUGAGAGCUAUCAUUAUAGGGCCUUCUGGCACUCCCUACCAUGAUGGUCUUUUUGUAUUUGAUUGUCUCUUCCCGCCGAAAUAUCCUAACGAGCCACCUAUGGUUUAUUACUAUUCUGGUGGGCUUCGAUUGAAUCCAAAUCUAUACAAUUGUGGUAAAGUAUGCCUGAGUCUUUUGGGCACCUGGCAUGGUAAUAAUACUGAGAUGUGGGUUCCAGGGCAAUCAACAAUGCUGCAAGUCUUAGUUUCUAUACAAGCUCUAAUUCUGAAUGCAAAACCCUUCUUUAAUGAACCGGGGUUUGACUCUUCAUAUCCUGGUGCUGAGGGUGAGAAGAAAUCCAACCAUUAUAAUGAGGAGGUGUUUAUUCUAUCACUGAAGACUAUGAUUUAUACACUAAGAAGACCCCCUGAGCAUUUUCAAGACUUUGUUGUUGGUCAUUUCCGCAGCCAGGCACAUGAUAUUCUCGUUGCUUGUUCAGCAUAUGCCAAUGGUGCUUUGCCAGGGUCUGUCGUGGUUAAAAAUGGCGUUGCAGAUGUUAAUAAAACUGGAAAGGGUAGCGCGUAUGGAUUUAGAUCUUCAUUGGCUAAGGUAAUGAAACUUCUGGCCAGAGACUUUGUGAAGAAUGGUUCAACAGACUGUGAGAAGUUCCAGACUUCCAGAAGCUGAUAGCUGUGACAACCGUUAAGAUGAGAUCUGGUAAAGCAGUUUGUGUUUUAGGUGCUUUGGUUAAUGCAGUCUUUUUGAAAUUGACUGCACAUCUGUUACCAGUUCAAAUGGUCUAUACCGGUCUUUCGAUUCUAUGCUGCUGUAGAUAAGGUGGUAAAUCAGAACGAUGAAUUAUACGAUAUACUUAAGGUGGUUCAUUUAUCAGUUUUUCUGCUAUCUUGUUUUUUAGCU